CGCACCAAUCGAAUGAACUAGAAGCAACAGGGCAUGAGCUGGCACCCGUUUCAUUCCCGAAAAUCCGGCGAUGCAACCAACCUAUGCGACCCAGAAAACACUAUCAACCAUGAAAUUCACUUCGCUCACCACUAUUGUCAUAUCUGCCGCAGCGAUGGCUGGCAUAGCUAUCGCAUCUAAUUCAGAUACAGUGACACCCCUUGGUAGAGACUGCUCCGAGGCCGAUGGUGCAAUCACCUGCGCAAGCGGCCCCCUCAAAGGCUACAACAACGGGAACGAUUACGGGUUUGAGUGCGCAGCCGGGAAAAUUGUAAUAACCUACCCGUGUUCCUGCGUAGGUUGCUGUAAGAAUUCCCCUCAUAAAGGGGAUUUUGUUACGUGUAGCAAAGGCGUGAACUUGUGGAAAAUUCUCAGUUAUAGUUGUGGAUAAUCUCCAGCCUUUCGGAUCCACGCAUAUUCAAUAGCCCCGAGUUUACAUACAUCUCUAUCAAUGAUCCUUCUCAAGAUAGAGAAAUAUAACGAGGAAAUACCCAAACCCGCUGCACAAAAACAGUCUACUGUAUUACAGAGAAUAACAUCGGAUAGGACUGAUCGCGUAGCAAUCGAUCCAAAUAUCAAAGGGAGUCUGAGGAGAACAUGUGCAAGUAUC